CUAGUGAGCACCAAUCUGCGCCAAUUAUCUCGAGGCUUAUUUAUUGAAUUUUACAUAAAUGUUGCUCGACGAGAAUCUACAUCGUGAAGUCCGUUCUGUGCAGAACAUCGAAGUUCAUUACUGCGAUCUCUUCCCAUUACUCAGUACUCAAUAUUACAACCCUGGUCACAAACUGCCUAGUCCCAUACUCAAUGCUUUCGGGGCAAUUAUCCAGGAUGUUCCUGCGAGCAGUUUCUUGUCAUCCUGGAUUCCUGCUCUUGCAACUGGCGAGGCGACACCUACUCGAGCUGAAGGAUCUACAAUCGAACAUGUCCAAGCGGCUUGUGGAAACCUUCCCCUCGACGAUGCACUACAACGACCAAGGUGGAUGAUACCCCUAUGUGGUGGUUGCCCUUCUCACUUUGUAGGCGAUUCUGUUGCAGUUCUGCAGAAGUUGCUAAAGUUAAAAAUUCCUGGCGGGCGCGUGUUGAGAACAUAGUUUUGUUAGCUCGCUGCAUCUUUAAGUUUAGAUAGUGAAUUUUACCCGCCAAAUACCAUAGAACGCCCUUGUCACACUACCGCUGUGAUAUUUCCGUGACACGUGACAACCCUUGUCCGAUUUUGCCUAUUCGACGCUCAGAACCGUGCCUAUUUGAGGGCCAUUUUGGAGGGUCUUGACGGCCGAACAUCAUAGGGAGCUUCCGGGGGCCU